AUGGCGCUCUCACUCUCAAGCUUCCUUCUCCCAAUAUCUCUUCUUACCUCAAUCGCACAGUGUGCGACCGUCACAUACGAUUUUGAUGUUGCGUGGACAUAUGCGAAUCCCGAUGGACAGCAGACGCGUCCAGUCAUGGGCGUCAACGGACAGUGGCCGGUGCCAGCCAUUGUCGCGACCAAAGGAGAUCAGGUCGUUGUCAACGUGAAGAAUUCUCUUGGCAAUGAGAGCACAAGUCUGCAUUUUCAUGGCCUGUAUCAGAACGGGACGACACACAUGGAUGGUCCUGUUGCCGUGAGCCAUCACGAGAGAGGCCAGUAUCCAGAUGGCCUUCGUGGUCCUCUAAUCAUCCAUGAUACGCAAGAUCCACACAAGGACCUCUACGACGAGGAGGUUGUCCUCACCUUGUCAGACUGGUACCAUGACCGGAUGCAGGAACUGCUCAAGAGCUUCAUCAGCAUCUCGAAUCCCUCCGGUGCUGAACCAGUUCCCCAAGCCGCACUGAUGAACGACACGCAGAACUUGGCCUUCAAAGUACAGCCAGGAAAGACGUAUCUAUUCCGCCUGAUCAACAUGGGUGCUUUCGCCGCUCAGUAUGUGUGGUUCGAAGGACACACGAUGCGCAUUGUCGAAGUAGAUGGUGUGUACACGGAGCCGACUGAGGCAGACAUGAUCUACUUGACGGCUGCGCAGAGAUACAGCGUGCUAGUGACGGCGAAGAACGACACCACCUCGAACUUUGCCUUCAUGGGUAGCAUGGACCAGGAUCUAUUUGAUGCUGUACCUGAUGGUCUCAAUCCGAACGUCACCGGAUGGCUCGUAUAUGACGAUACGAAGCCUAACCCAGCGCCGAAGGAGAUUGAUGCUUUCGAGCCAUUUGACGACUUCAAAUUGGUACCAUACGACAAGGAAGCGCUGUUUGAUAAGGUCGAUCACUCAAUCACUCUCGACUUGAAAAUGGAUGUCCUGAAUGAUGGGGCCAACUACGCCUUCUUCAACGACAUCACCUACGUUAGAGAAAAUGCCACUAACCCUGCAAUCUACGGCUCAAACACAAAUGCUUUCAUCCUCAGCGCCAACGAAGUGGUCGAGAUCAUCCUGAACAACGAUGAUCCAGGUAAACACCCGUUCCAUCUUCACGGUCACGCUUUCCAGGUAGUCACACGGAGUGAGGAGGAGGCAGGUUUCUUCGAUCCCAGUAAUGUGACGGCCUUGCCUGCUACGCCAAUGAAGCGCGACACAAUCCUGGUCCGACCUAAUGGGCACAUUGUUCUCCGCUUUCGAGCAGACAAUGCUGGUGUUUGGCUAUUCCACUGCCACAUUGAAUGGCAUGUAGCGUCCGGACUGACCGCAACCAUGAUCGAGCGUCCCCUGGACAUACAACGACAGCUUGCAGGCAAGAUCCCGGAAGAUCAUCUCAAGGUCUGCGAGGCGGGAAGCGUGCCGACAGCCGGGAAUGCAGCAGGUAAUACAAAAGAUCUGCUAGACCUAAGUGGCGAGAACAAGAGCCCAGGCGAGUUACCUGCAGGCUUCACUGCCAGAGGCAUCGUCGCGCUUGUGUUCAGCUGCCUAGCCGCGUUCCUUGGAAUGGCGACCAUCGGGUGGUAUGGGAUGAGACCGAUAAAGGCGAAAACGGGGUGA